AUGUUGUCCCUACUAAGCUUUAAGAACAUAAUAUCUUCCAGGUUUUCCUUUGGACUUUGUAUAAAUAGUUCGAGACUCUUUUCAGGUAAAUUUAGCGAAUUCAAAUCAAUAGACGAUAGAUAUAAAGGCUUAACGGUUGAUUCAAAUGAUAUUAUCAGCAAUAAAAAUGACUUUCUCCUUAACUUACAAGAGUCUUUAAAAAUAUGGUCAAACAAUGGUAAAAGAUGCAUAUGGUUUAAAAUUAGGAUUAAUCAUUCUGACUUUGUUCCUAUGUUAGCACAGAAAGGUUUUAAUUUUCAUCAUGCUAGAGAUGACUUCGUGAUGAUGUAUAAAUGGCUUCCAACUGACUCUAAGCCUAAUUUACCACCGCCAUGUCAUACAAACCUUGGUGUUGGAGCACUGGUUUUAAAUAAUAUAGAGCAGUUAUUAGCAGUAUCUGAAAAGCAUUAUAAUUAUCCACAUUGGAAAUUACCUGGUGGAUAUGUUGAGAGAGGAGAAGAUAUCAAAGAUGCAGCGAUCAGAGAAGUCAGAGAAGAAACUGGUAUCAAUUGUGACUUUGAAUCAAUAAUUACAUUCCGGCAUACACAUGACAUGAUGUAUGGCAACUCAGAUAUAUACAUACUUCUUAUGAUGAAAGCAGUUUCAGAGAAAAUUAUUUUAUCACAAAGAGAGGUCAAGGAUUGUAAGUGGAUGGCCAUAGAUGAAUAUACAAAUCACCCUCACGUUCAUAAUUUCAAUAGAUUGAUAGUAAAGGAAGCUUUAAAAUAUAGAGAAAACUACUUCAAACUAGAUUUGCAAAAGAUAACUGUUACAUGGCCAACGGCUACUCGAGAAAUGAACUUUUUAGUUGCAGUUGGUUAUGAAUCCAAGUGA